AUGGAUGAUAAACCAUUUUCAAGUAAAAAAUUACUAACUGUAAAAAAAGAACCAUAUGUAAAGCAAGUUAAGGGCCGAGGGCGUCCUAAAAUUGAAUGUCAACAAAUACUAUUCUGCCCUCCGUUUAUGAUCAGAUACGACAAUAAUCGACCACAUUUCAACUAUUCUACAGUAUGGGCAUGUAGAAUUUGCAGCAAAACAUUAUUAAGCAAAGCUGCCGCUAUAAGUCAUGCGACUAAAUGUAAGCUAGCAAUUACAAAAGAAGAAGAUAUUUCAAUUGAAGAUUUGGAGUUUAUGGAAAAAAAUAUGUGUUAUCCAUGCAAAUAUUGUGAUAAAAAAAUGCGGAGAAAAGUGAUUUGGCUCAAGCAUUUAAACGAACACGAAACACCAGAGUAUGAUGAAAAUAAAUGGGGAGUUGAUAUACCAAUAAAACAUUUUAAACUACCAAAAAAGGUUUCUAUAAAACAGGACACUGAUUUAUCAUAUCCUUCCACUUCCUAA